ACCAGGACUGUUCGCAAGGGCGGUACGCGUCCCAUAUUCGACCAGUCGCUGCAAGUCGGAGUCCCAUCGGGCGAGCAGCGUCUCCGCUGCGAGGUGUUCAUGUCGCAGCCGCGCGGGCGCGACCAGCUGCUGGGCGCCGCGAACGUGUCGCUGGAGGAGAUUAUAUCGCGUACGGCCAAGCUGUCCAAGAAACCCGCAGAGUUCAAACUGCUAAGCAGCAGCAGCGCGCCCGCGGGCGCUCUCGUUCUCACCCUCACCUACCACGGCCGCUCCGCCUCUUCCUCUCGCCCCGCCGCGCAGCCCUCCGCGCUAUUCGGUGCGCAGUCCGCCGCGCAGUCGGACGGACAAGCCGGCGCGGCGGCAGCGGCAGCGGCGGCCGCUGGCGGAGCAUUCACGCGGCUUGCGUUCCCGUCUUUUCCGCAAGACUCCGCCUCCGCCGCCGCCGCCGCGGUCGCGCUGCUCCCCGCAAAGAGAACGCCCCCCCCGCUCCCCGCCUCCUUCGCGAUGACUGCGCCUCCUCCCCUCCCCGGAUCCCUCCCCGCGUCUAGCGCCGUAGACGCGAUAGCAGCCGCGCUGUUUCCGCGGGCGCACAUUCAAGCACAGGCGCAGGCACAAGCGCAGGCGCAAGCGCAAAUGCAGCCGCAGAUGCUGACGUCACCCCAGCAGGCUUCGCCCAGGUUCCUCCCCGCCUCUUCUCCGUUUCCGCCUCCCCCUUCCCCGCCUGGCGCUAUUGCGCAGGCGACAGGGGCUUCCGCGCCGUCCCCUUCGUUUUUUAAUCCUUCCCCUUCGUUAGUAUCACAUCCCUCGCCCUCGUUAGUAUCACGUCCUCCCGCCUCGUUAGUAUCACAUGCGCCUCCCUCGUUACUGUCACAUCCUUCCGCCCCAGCGGCGCCGUUACUUUUCAACCACCUGGCCGCGUCCGCCGCUGCGCCGUCGUCGUCGCAGCGCUGGCGCGCAACGGAAGACGCGUCGCAGCUAGAAUCGAGGCCACUAGUAACGGGGACGGAGGAGGAAAACCGCGCAGGCGGGGCGUUUACAGGCGCGAAAGGGGCGGGGGGAGGUGUGCUUCGCGGUAUAACUUUCGCGGAGUUCAGUUUGGGGGGAGCGCGGAUCGGCGGAGGGGAAGUAGGUGGCGUAGGAACAGGGGGGACGGGGGGGACGUCGGGGGUAGCGGGGGCGGCAGCGGAGCUGAUGACGAUGGCACAAAACGACAGCACGCACAGGUCGUAUCUGGCCAGACAGUUACUGGACUCGAGCGCUGCAAUGCAGGGCGGCGCGAGUAUGGGGCCGAUAGAUUUGGGUCCAUCCAACGGUGGAGAUGCAAGCAUGGGGGCGGUAGACCUGGGGGGCGCUAGUUUGGAGGCGGGGGGCACAGGAUCCGCGGAAACUUUAGAGGCGGGACGAGCAGGCGGAGUUAUGGGGGGAUUGGGUGGGGGGAGGAUGGGGGGAACGGGGAAGACAUCCCCGCCCCCCUGCUUGGAUCUCUCCGCGGGUUUGGGCAGAACAGGGGGACCGGAAGGGGGCAUUGGGGGGAGAAGAAAGAGUUUGAGGCGGGAGCGGGAGUGGUGGAGUGAGGCGAAGGCGGAAGCGAUGGAGGUGGAGGGGGGAAGUGAGUUGUGUGGGGUAAGGUCCGCUGUGGGGGGAAUAGAGGUUGGAUUGUCGACUGUGGCGACAUCAGCAGCAGCAUCAUCAGAAGCAGUUGGUAACGAGAGCGCAGCAGCUCGUAUCAAGAGUGCAGACGCAGCACAACCGAGAGCAGAAUCAGGAGCAGACAGAAGCACAGAACCGACAGCAGACUUAUUGAACAGUAACCAUGCUCACAGCCAAAACGAGCAGCAGCAACAAGCGGAGGAGGAGGAGGAGCCGCCGAGGCUGAUGCAGCUGCUGCCGAUGCAGUGGUGCUCGGAGGACAGAGAAAAGGACAGUUCCGUGCAUGGUGAAAGCAGCGACAAGCCAUCAGGGCCGUCGGAUAGACCAUCUGGUCUCACUCUUUCAGAUAACACACUAGCGACCGUUGCAAGCCCGGACCUAUCCAUUGCAGCUGGCUCUGCGGCAUCCCUUUCAUUCCAAGCAGCCCCUGUCUCUGCCUCUCCCCUUGCCCCUCUCUCUGCCCCUGUUCCCGUCGCUAUCCCUGUCCCCAUCUCUGCCCCUGCCCCUGUGUCUCUCGCCCCCCCUGCUUCUAUCUCCUCCUCCUCUCGCCCAACCGCCUCUGCGUUCCGCCCCUAUCCAGCCACCUUGCGCUCUGAUACCAAAUCGCCCCAGGCAGGUUCGGCCACCGAGCCUAGCCUGCCCGGCGGGGACUCGUCCAGGCUCGGCGGGGACUCGUCCAGGCUCGGCACAGACUCGUCCAGGCUCGGCGCCGAGCCAUGCCGACCGGCAAAGAAGCAGUGCUGUUCACCCGCCCGCCAAGUCUACCCCGUCUCCCCUCAGCAAGCAUCCCCCUCACCUCAGGGCUACGCUUUGCCUCUUGACCAUACUAUACCUCAGAAUCCAAAACAGGGUGCUGCUGACAAGCCCGCUUCGUUGCUCCCGUCCCUCCCCUCCUUCUCCUGUCGCUCCCACAGUACUGCUGCCUGCCCUGCUGCUGCUGCAGCCAGGUCUCUGUUUGGAGCGUUGAUGGGUUCCACUGGGUUUGGUUUGGGCCAAACCGGCAUCCGAACCUCCUCCAAGCCUUCCUCCCGUUUGAUCCUGCCUUCCCCGUUUGCCACCGGUGAUGCUGCUACCAGUGUCUCUGUUGGUGCAGCAAUGGGUGGUGGUGGGGGUGGUGCUGGUGCUGGUGCUGGAUUAGGGGCGGCUUUUGAGUCGAUUCAAAAGUCACCUCGGGGCAUCGGUGCUGGUUCAGGGGCGGGUGUAGGGGCGGAAUUAGGCACGAGGAAGGGGAGUUUUCUACCCCACCUGAUGCUGGCACUUGAGAAUUCAAAGAAGGCGAAGCAAAGCGCAGGGGCAGGUGCGUUCAGCAGUGCUCUCAGCGCCUCUACAGCUAAUGCCACAGCCGGUGCUACAGCCGGCGGUGCUACAGCUAAUACCACAGCCUGUGCUACAGGUGGUGCGUCUAGUGCUGUCUGCGGUCCAAGGCAGACUGGCAGCAGUGGCACACCGGGUAUGGUCGACAUGCCAGCUAUAGCUGGCCCCAAUCCAGGGCUAGGCGCGGCCAUUGCUGCUGCUGCCGCUGCAGCUGCUGCGGCUUCUUCUUCUGCUGCUGCUGCUGCUGGGUCUAGUGGGUUUACAGGGGGGUUUGGGAGGGGUAAGGGAGCUGGGGUCGCGUCUGGUGAGGGAGGAGGAGCAGGAGGAGGAGGCGGGGCGGGAGGGCAGGGGCAGGCGUCGUGGCACAGGGAGGACCAGAUCACUCCCACGUCCGUCCUUGAUGUCGCGAUGUCCGAUGCUGACAGCGAGCAUGCCACAGAGGACGUGCACAUGGCUGAAGCUGCUUCCGCCCCACAACCACCGCCAACGGCAGCAACAGCAGCAGCACCAUCAGCAGCAGCAGCAGCAUCGCAUGCAUCAUUAGCAGCAUCAGCAGCCCCCAUGCCGCCCAGCCUCGCAGCUCUCUUUGCAUCCCAGCCUGCAGGGGCUACUGCUGCUGCUGGAAAGAUCCGUCCAAAUUUAGCCACCCAGCAGCAGCAGCAGCAGGAGAGGGUGCAGGGGGAGAAAGGGGGCGGGCAGUUUUCGCCAGAGCCUCCCACCUGGCAGCGCAGCUUUGCUGCAGCUUUUGCAGCGGCCCAUGUGACGCCCGCAGCCCAUGUGACCUCCUCAGCUAGCCUACCGCUGCCGAGCCUGCUGUCGUGGCACCGCAAGGUGGAGGGGGAGGAGGCGGCGCUGCUGAGGGAGCAGGCUGCAGCCAUCUGGCAGGUCUCUAAGGCGCUCAUGGGGCAGGGGCAGCAGGGGCAGCAGUUGCAGUACCAGCAGGGGCAGGGGCAGGGGCAGGGGCAGGGGCAGGGGCAGGGGCAGGGGGAGCAGGGGCAGCAGAGGCAGCAGGCGGAGCAAGGGGAGCAAGCAGCCGCGAUCUGGCAGGCGAGCAUGGGGAAGAGCAGGGAGGAGGCGGAGGCGCUCUGUGAGCAAGCCGUGCGGGCGGGGACUCUCACUCACGACCAGGCUGCUGAAUUCUGCGGACUGCUUUCCAAAGAGAGUCUGAGGAGCUUGAGAGAGUCGCUUCUAGCAAUGGAGGACAAGUUCCGAGGCUGCUCGAUAGAGGACCUGGAGGAGAGCCGUCGGCAGGCGUGGCGGGAGUUUUGGGAGAAGCUGGAGGCGGGCAGGAGGAGGGGAGGGGCGGCGGCUGCUGCUGCGGGCGGGCCGAACGGGGAAUUGGUGUUGAAUACGCUCUUUGGGUUCUGGGAGAAGCUGGAGGCGGACAGGAGGAGAGGAGGGGCGGCUGCUGCUGCUCGUGACGCACAGGGCGGGCCAAAUGGGGCUGUGGGAGCUGGGGUGGAGGCGUGGGGAGAAGGCGGGGAAAGGCGUGGGACAGGGAAACUAGUGGGGACGGAGAGGAAGGAGAUGCGGAAGGAGCAGGUUGGGGGGGAGGGGAUGGGGAUGCGGAAGGAGAAUGUCGGGGGGAAAGAGGAACAGGGGAGAUGGGGAGGAAAGGAUAAGACGUUUAUCAGAAACGCUCUACUGGCGACAACAGGUGGUGGUGGUGGUGCUGCUGCUGCUGUCAGCAGUGACAACAGAUGGCAUCAAGACCUGUUUGACCAGAGCAGUGGAGGAGAAGAUGGUGAUGACCCUACUGUUAAUGUGCAGGCUUUUGAGACGUCUCAAAAGUCGUCUACUGGCGGCAGUGCAGGCGAUGCUGACACAUGGCAUCAAGGCCUGCGUCACUCUACUGGCGGCAGCGGUGACCAAGACAGGUGGCAUCACGACCUUUUUUAUCAGAGCGGUGGUGAUGAUGACCCUGCCGGUGAUGGAGUCCCCCCAGCCAACGACCUCCGCGCCCUGCUCAGGGCCAAGGGGGGGAACCUUCGGGGCGCAGGGGGGAAACUGGGGGGAAGGUUGGGCGGAAAAGUGCAGGUAGCAGACCUCCGCCACAAGUUGUCUGGGGGGAGCGGGGGGAAGAGGGGGAAUGGGGGAAGCGGGGCAAGUGUGGGAAAGGUCACCAGGGGGAGACUAGGCGCGGGUGUGGGGGGAAGUGAGGGGAUUUUUGCAGCAGAAGGGGAGAGGGGAGGAAAUGGGGAAGCAGUAGCACGGGGAAGAGGAGGGGAGGGAAUGGUGGUGAGGGGUAGAGGAGCAGUGACAAACAUAUCCUCUCUAUCCUUUAGGAAUGAUGAGCGGGUGGUGGUUGGUGGGGACGUGGGAGGGGUGGUGAGAGUGGCAGCGGCUGCUGCCGCUGCUGCAGCAGGAGGAAGGGGAGGGGGAGAACGGCUAGUGAAGCAGCAGCAGCCACGGCAGCAGCACCAUCAGCAGCAGGAGCAGCAGAGGAGGCUGACAGUGGUAGUGACAAAUGAUGAGGGUGGAGGAGCAAGGAGCAUCAGGAGGAGAAGCACGGUGGUGGGGGCAGUAGGAGUGGGGGAGGAGAGGGGGGUGACUGCUAUGGAUGCUGACGUGGCUAUGGAGGGGGGGGAUGAGCAGCAGGUGAGAAACGGCUGGGAAGAGGGUCUGUAG